AUGUCGACCGCCUCGGGCAUCGCAGUCGAGCGCUCUGCGUCGCGCUCAAGCAGCUACUCUGCCUCCAACGAGAAGCAGCCCAUCCCCGACGCCGAGGUGCAGCCAGCCAAGGACACCCUCAUCACCGACGGCGAAGAGGCGACCGUCCCCAACACCGUAUGGCACGCGAGGCUGCGCAUCCUCCUCCUCGCCGGCCUCGCAGCGACCAUCCUCGGCUGGUGGAUCACCUCCACCAUCCUCCCCGCUACCCGCCAUAGAUGGAUCGUGCAGACCUUCUGGGCCUGGUUCUUCCUCGGCGUCAUCGCCUUCCGCUGGAUCCCCAACAGCAUCGUCACCCGGCCCGUCGCCGCCGUCUGGGUCCCGUGUGUGCAGGCGCCGUGGUACAAGCUGCCGUACAGCGUGCGCCUGGCCGUCGGCUGGCUCUGCCUCCUCGCCGUCGUCUUUGGCUCCGCGUUCGGCUUCAAGCUCACCGCUAACACCACCUACGGCGACCGCGCCAUCUCCGUCCUCGGCCUCUUCGUCUUCCAGUUCUGCUUCUGGGCGACGUCCGCCCACCGCUCUCGCGUGCCAUGGCCUACCGUCAUCGUCGGCUUGUUCAUCCAGCAAGUCAUCGCGAUGUUCGUCCUCAAGACGAGCGCGGGCUUCUCCAUCUUCAAGUGGAUCGCCCUCCUCGCCUCGGAUUUCCUCGCCCAAUCGGAGGCCGGCGGAACUUUCUUCUUCAGCGCAACCAUCGUCUCCGAAGAUUGGUUCUUCGUCAACACGCUUGGUGCCGUGAUCUUCUUCAUCGCGUUUGUGCAGAUGAUGUUCUACUUGGGCGUUAUGCAGUGGCUCAUUCAGGGCUUCGCAUGGGUCUUUUUCAAGCUCAUGAACGUCUCUGGCGCGGAGGCCAUCAUCGCCUCUGCGUCGCCCUUCAUUGGGCAGGGUGAAUCCGCCUGUCUCGUCAAGCCCUACGUCGACUUGAUGACAGCGUCUGAACUUCAUCUGACCAUGACCUCCGGAUUCUCGACGAUCUCCGGCUCCGUGCUGCUCGCAUACAUCAACCUUGGCGUUCCCGCGCAAAACUUGAUCACUGCCUCUGUGAUGAGUAUCCCUGCAUCUAUUGCCAUCAGCAAGCUACGCCUCCCAGAAAUCGAGGAGCCCGUCACUCGCGGCCGCGUCGUCAUCGACCGCGGCCAGGAGAAGGAGAAGAACAGACCAGCGAACGCUCUCCACGCGUUCAGCCAGGGCGCCAUCUUUGGUGUAGUCGUCGCCGGCCAGAUUUUGGCUAACGUCUUUACCGUCGUCUCCCUCGUAGCAGCCGUCAACGGCCUCCUCACCUGGAUCGGCAGAGGGUUCGGGUUCCAUGCGCUCACGUUGCAGCUCAUCCUACGCUAUAUCUUCUACCCGAUCACAUUCUUCAUCGGUGUGCCGACCGGCGAGAUCCUCCGGGUCGCCGAGCUGCUUGCCACGAAGCUCAUUGCCAACGAGUUCGUGGGCUACACUGACCUGCAGACGAUCAUGCACAGCGAUAACCCGCUCUCCCAGCGCGCGUUCACCAUCGCGUCCUAUUCGCUGUGCGGGUUCGCUAACCUCGGCUCGCUCGGUAUCCAGGUCGGCGUGCUCAGUGCGCUCGCGCCCACCCAGGCGAAAAUCAUCGCGCGCAUCGCGACGUCUGCCAUGAUUUGCGGGUUCAUUUCCACGCUGCAAGCGGCCGGCAUUGCCGGCAUGCUGGUGUAG